UAUUCAUCUUAAUCGAUUUGAGAUUUCCCACCAAGUUUGCUCGAGCCGAAAUUAUUUAUUUUUGUUGGCAACGUCCAAAAAUUGCGAUGUGUCAAAUGUCGUCAGCUAUUCUUUUGAUUUUCUUUUUUUGAUCAAGCUUUUUGUUAAUUUUAACCGGUGAAUAACUCGUCCACGAUCGAUUAUGGGUUCUGCACAGGAAUUAAGAGGAGAUGCAGCUGCAAAAGUAAAUUUUCCGCUUUAUGCGGUGGAAAUGUUGACGGAUCGACAUUUUGUAGUUGCCGGUGGAGGUGGGGCGGCCAAAACAGGGGUUUCCAAUGGAUUUGCAAUUUACCAGCUAACCUUCAAUGGAGAACAAUGUGUGGCCACUCAGGUUGGGAAACAUGACACGGGAAGUCGUGCAGUAAUGAACUGCACCUCCUACGAGGAUACCAAAUCCAAGUGCAAAAAACUUUACUUUGUAGCUGGGCUAGAUGACCAUUCUCAACUUUACUACAUCAACAAGAAGUUUGAGAUUGCUAGAAGCCAUAGUUACAGUGAUCAAAUUGAUAAUGAGAAAAGCCCAGACAACUCUGUUAGGAAGAGAAAGCCAUCUGAAAAGGACAAUGAUAGCAAAUCACCAGAGUCUCUUCGAAAAGGAUUACUCAGCCAGAGAAGAUUAAGAAUGUUAGCUCACCCAUUGGAUAGUAUAAAAACAGACAUGAGUCCAGCAGAUGAGUCCUUCCAAAAAGUGGUCAGAAUUAGUUCAAAUGGCAAGCUAAUGGCGACUGGUGGAUGUGAUGGCUACAUCCGUCUUUGGCAGUUUCCUUCCUUGAAACCAUUGAGAGACAUCAAAGCCCAUGAAAAUGAAGUUGAUGAUAUUGAUUUUAGCCCUGAUUGUCAAAAAAUUGUUAGUGUGUCUAAAGAUGGUUGUGCGUUUGUCUGGAAUACCAAAGAUGGUAACAAGCUGUGUCAGCUUGAAUGGAGCCGUCCAGAAAAUGCCAAAUACCUAUUUAAACGAUGCAGAUUUUCGGUAAGUAAUGGUGAUGGUCAACGACCACGGCUGUUUACCAUCACCAACCCAACCAAAUCGAAACUACCUAGCUUUCUUCAAGUAUGGGACACAUCCAGUUUUCUCCUCGUCAAAAGUGUUCCAAAUAAUCUUGCAGCAAUAUCUGCCCUAACUACGAGCCCAUGCGGAAAAUUCGUAGCGAUCGGCUCCAUGUCUGGCGGAUGUAUUGAUAUUUAUACUACAUUCAACUUAAAGUUAGUUAAACAUAUCGAAAAUGCUCAUUCGAAUUUCAUCACGGGGUUAGCCUUCGUUCCUUGCCACAUUGAGGUUGGACAGAACAUCACAGGACUAAGCGAAGGAGCUGUUAUCAGCAUUUCCGUUGACAACCAGAUCCGCGUCCACCGAAUACCUCAGAGGCGACAUUUACUUCCUCUUUGGGCUGCUUUACUCCUCAUCGUCGUUGUCGUUUGCCUGGCUUUCACUUUUUGUAGUUACCUGGAAAAUUUACGUAGUGUGGCAGAGCUAUGCUAUUUCAGCCUUUCAUCUGGAAUUUUUAAAUUUUACUUCACUGCUGGAUUCCUUGGACGAAAUAUGGCAGAUCAACGUCAGUUUAGAAAAAGAGAUUACGAGGAAAUUCCAGGGCAAGUUAUCAUGAUGAAACCCCUUCCUUCAUUGCACUAUUCUUUAGGUGGUGAUGGAACGGUGGUAACCAUUCCGGGUUCCCGUGGAUUUGUGCCUCCACCUGUUCUUCUCCAGCGGUCUCCACCCAGUUACAGCGAAGCCGCAACAUCUCGACAAGUGGCAAAUUUGGAUGGACAUGUCCAAUCGGACGAGCAAGGAGCCAGGCCUAAAUCACUACUGUCGUCGGCAGUUGGACCAUCUCAUGAAGAAGGACAUCAGAGCCAAAUUUCGUCCAGUGCCUUCGAUGAGUUCAUCAUUGAAGGCUACGAACAUGUCACGUACGAACCAACUUUGAUCAAACCGCUACCACAAGAACCGGUUGUCGGAGACGGAGACUCGUCGUCCAGACGUGGAAAUGCCAUAGUACCAAAUAUCGACGAUAUUACAGCAAGGGAUGCAGUGCUUUCUUACGUGUCCCAGAAUCAUUGUUGGGGCUUGGCGUGUGCACGGGAAAUGACGAUCAUGGACAUAACAGCUUCUUCUGCUUUUCAUUAUAAUUUGGAAACCUGUACGGAAAAGAGAACUGCUGUCUGGAUUCAUGAGCCAUACACUGGUCAAGUGAUUGAUUCAGCUGACAGAGGGCCUACACCUAAACCAUGGGAUGUCCUUGUAGUUCCUCCCAAUCCAUACAGGGAAGGCCAAAUAGUUGUGGAAGUGCCUCACUCUGCCCGGGUCGUUAAUUGCUACGAUUGUUCUACGUUGGGUAGGAGAAGAUGUUGGAUCUGUUUCGGUAAUGGAGAGAUUCGAUGCAACGCCUGUAACGGCACAGGGAAAAUACUGGAAGAAGAAAGUGGAGGUGUAUCCGAAGCUGAAAGGGGAAAUGCUCCGGCCUUACCUAAGGAUUGUUACCAAUGUAACGGGGGAGGCCAGCGCCGUUGUGUUGUUUGCCUUGGACCGGGCCAGCUUCCGUGCAAAACGUGCUUGGCUCGGGGCCAGCUAAAGCUUGCACUUCAGUUAACAGUCUCAUGGAGAAUAUACAGGUCUGAUCGUGUGGUGGAACGCACGGCUGUGCCCGAAUUGCUCAUUCGCUCCGUUGAGGGCCGUGUCGCUUUUGAUGAAGAGAAAGCUGCCGUGUGGCCCAUCAACUUUUUCCCUGAUGAAGCAGUCAAUCAUGCCUCACGCGAGCUUUUGGAUGAACACAGGUCACGCCUGUCAUCGGAGAAAACCAUAGCUCAGCGUCAGUCAGUGAGAAUGGUCCCUGUCCAUCAGGUAGCUUACGUCUGGCGUAAUUAUCGUGGCUUCUUCUACAUCUAUGGUUACGACAACCUCGUCCAUUUUCCGGAUUACCCCCAGAAAAUUUGCUGUGGUUUGCCGGAACUGCUAGGUUGCAGCAUUCAAUAGUAAGUAGAAUUAGUUAGCCAUAUACUGUUUUUAAUGGGGCGUCAAAUUGCAUGCUACACUGGUCAUAAAAUUUGAUCCAUUUCCAGUACGUUGUCCAUAAUAUAUGUUGACUACGCUAUUGAUAUAAUCAAGAGUUACUGAACUCUGCGAUUUACUCUAUUUCACAGUAAAUCGAUCAAGUUAACAGGUCAAAGUUCUGUAAUGUUAAUUUUUAUGUAUCGUGACAAUCAAUACUUGAAGUAUCUGGUAAAUAUAAAAUCAUGGUUUUUU